AAAUCGUACGCUAUCGCUUCAGUGUUCAAGAGAAAGCCGCGAAAUAAACAAGUUUAAAGUGGAAAAAAUAUGUGUUAGUGAAAAUAAUUUUAAAUUAAAAUAACCUUUAAUUAAUAUUUAUAAUUUUCGAACAAUGUCAUUACUUCAAAUAUAAUACAAUUAACAUUGUGAUGAUUUAUUAAUUUAUGAUUACUGCCAUAAAAUAUGAAAUCAUCUCAACAUUUUUACUGAGAUAAACGAAGUUUGCAAUGUCCAAUGAAACAGUAAGAUAUUGCAAUCUGGACGAUUUCGCAAAAAGUUAUCGCGAAAUUCAUGGAUAUUUAAGCGUUUUAGUCUGCAUCUUUGGUUCAGUUGCGAACAUACUCAACAUAUGCAUUUUGACGACGAGAGAAAUGCGAUGGCCCACCAAUUUUAUUUUAACCGGAAUCGCAGUUGCAGAUCUAUUCGUAAUGUUGGUCUACAUUCCUUUCGCGAGCCAUCAGUACCUCAAUUCCAAACCGACCCACCACUCCGAUAACUAUAGUUACUCUUGGGUUGUGUACCUAAAAUUUUACGCCUCAUUUAGUUUAAUAUUUCAUUUUAUUUCUUGCUGUUUAACGGUGAUUUUAGCGGUGUGGAGAUAUAUAGCUAUUAACCAUCCGCAGAAUAAUAAAUUAUGGUACGCCGUGAAUAACGUAAAAAGUACUUUAUACGCUAUUUUAUUUAUUUACGUCAUAUGCCCGGUUAUAUGUAUACCAGUUUAUUUAGCGCAGAAUAUAAAAUCGAAUCGGCGAUACGUGGAUAAUAACAGCAUCAUAUUGAAUAAAAAAUACUUAGGCGGAGAUUACAAUAUAACAGUUUAUACAAUUGAUAUAAGUGGAGACUUUGUUUAUGCAACGUUUUGGGUGUAUACGGUGGUUAUAAAAUUAGUACCAUGUGUAUUAUUAACAAUUUUAUCUAUGAGACUUAUAUCUGCAUUAAUGGAUACGAAAAAACGAAGAAGGGAAUUGAUCAACAACAGUGGUGUUCCGCUUAAAGAUCAAAGCGUUUUAAAACAACGAAGACACAUCGAAAAGGAAUUACAAACCGAUAGAACAACACGAAUGUUAGUUGCUGUGCUUCUUUUAUUCUUAAUUACCGAAUUACCGCAAGCGAUUCUUGGAUUAUUUUGUAUUUUAAUGGGGAAGGAUUUUCUUAAUCAAUGUUAUAUACCUUUAGGUGAUGUUAUUGACAUGUUGGCACUUGUUAAUUCUGCCAUUAACUUUAUUCUAUAUUGCUCGAUGUCUCGACAGUUUCGAUCAGCAUUCGGAGAACUGUUUAGACCGAAGUUAUUGAACAAGUGGCUUCCACUACCUACACACAUAGAGAUGAAUGGAGCUAUGACGCAAGUGACGCAGGUGUAGCGCAAAGAAAAAAUGUUUGGGGUCUGGUUAGAAGACGUCUUGUGAUACUACUAUUAAUUGACUUAAAGCUCUACGAAGACUAUAACGAGUGUCGAAACUUAAGGGUUACUUAUUUUAAUAUUUAAUAUAAAUUAUCUUCUGUAAACGACUUUAUUUAUACUUGGUUUGGGGAAAGAUAAAAGAAAACUUUUAAUGCACUCAUUAAAAGUUCCUGAAAAGUUUAUCUAUAUAAAACUCGAUUGUGAGCAUUGUCACUCAUUGAAAACUUAAAACGAUGAAAAAAGUUUUCUUCAAACAAUGGUCAUUUUUAGUUGUCUAAAACUUGCUCGAACAAGAAGAACACUUUCAUCAUUUAUCUGAGCGUGUACAAAGUAAUUUGUAAGCUGUAAGGUAGCAUAAUUUAUGUAGUUACGUUCCGAAUGUAAUAAAUAAAUACAUACAUACAUUUCGAUGUAACCCAAAUUGAUUUGGGUUUUAAUUCAAAACAGGACAGUAAAAGAUUUUAUGUCGCUACGUUUUACAACCUUGUAAAGCCUGCGUUUUUAUUACCAUCAUUUUUGCGUUAACGUUUCAAUAAAGGAAAAAAUUAAAAAAGAUUUAGAAUUAUUUUCCAAGUGCCUUGACAAGAACAAAAGUGUUUUAUCACUUUAUUUUGUAAUUUAGUUCUUACACCAUCUUUAACGAGCUUAGAGCCCAAGCUCAUGAGAUGUGUUAAUGUGAGGAUUAGUUAUAUUAGCACAUCUUACUACGGUGUGAGAACCGAAAGUACAACAAAAUUAAUGUUUAAUAAAAUUAUCUGUAAAUAUUAAGUGUAAUAUGUAUUUAAGAAGUAGUCAAAUCGGGUGAAUUUGUAUACCAAAUUAAAGCUCAAAACUUUUUUAAUGUACUAUGUAAUCAUUCGUCUCACCCAAUUUAACGUAGAUAUUACUGUAGUUACGAAUUUUCCUGUACUUUAGAAGAUGUA